GCAGGUCAGUGGCUAGAUAGUGGGUGACGGUCGGACGAGCAGGACCGUCGGAGGGUCGCGAGUCAGUGACAGUGUGGCGAGGAGACGUCCAGUCCAUAGCGGAUACUCUAUCACCCAACCACAGAAACCAACCAUGAAGUUCGCCAUCUUCGUCGCACUGACGCUGGCCGCGAUGGCAUGGGCUGACUCAUCCUACCAGAGCUACCAGCCCGACUACCAGAACUCCUACCAGAACGAAUACCAAACCAACUAUUACGACCAGCAGGCCGCGACCCCCUACUAUCCGCAGCGCCGCCAGAGCUUCUUCGAAACUGUCAGCAGCCUGUUCUCUCCAGCAAACCGGAGGCAGUUUGGACUCGGAGGUGGAUUUUUCGGCAUCGCCAUCGUCGUCGUGAUUGUUGUUGUGGUCAUAGUUGGCGUCGUUGGCUUGGUUGCGGCCUUGUCCACCGGCCUCACCUCGUCCGGCCGUGGCCUGGACACGGACGAGUGGGAGGUGGACCACUCGGUCUGGAUGAACCAGCUCCAGAAGGACUUUGAAGACUCGUGGAGCACCGAAUAAACGGUAGAACGUUUUUGUGGUGAUGCGGGACUGUUCUGAAAAGUUAUAACAAUUGUUUAGUGGAUGAUCAAAGUGAACGUUGCGGAAAACGAACGCAAAAUGAUGUCACCACCAAUGAGGCUGGAACUUGAUAUUGUUGGUCAUUUUAGGCAUACGCAGACUGAUAUAUUGCACAACUGUGAAUCGACCUUCGCAUCAAAGGAGCUCUACAGGGUGAAACAUUUCAUAGCUAGACUGAAGCUAUGUGAUUGGUUCUUUCACAUUCCAAUAGAAUUGCUUGGUUAAUCGCUGGUUGGACAAGUCUCUGAUAGUUGACUUGUGCGUCAUGUUUUUUUUUACGAUUCGAGGGUUUUAGGGUGAGACCGCGUGGUAUGCAAGUUAUUGACAUUAUCCUCCACUUGCUUACAUUAUAUCAAACGUUAUCUUUUAUAUAUCCUGAUUUUCACUUCGUGAGCGAGAACGAAAGGCUUUCUCAUACAUCUAUUAUCAAGCUCCACCAUUUUACAAUGCUGAUUUUGUUCAAUGCGUCGUAAUAAUGCUCAACCUUGGCAUGCACUCUGCCAAACUAGUCAGAAAUACUUCAACUUAACAAUCUUUGAUGGGCUUGUUUCUUGAAACGGCAACAAUUCGACCCACUCUACGCAUUGAGCACCACUGCCUGUGUGAUCCCUACGGUUAAAUAAUUCUCCUCUUUAGACAUGUUGCGUCGUGAAGUGUGUUACAAAUCUGUUAGCGUUUUGUUUCGCCGUGCGUUGUUGCUGUUGUUUUAUUGUGUUGUUAAACACGCUGUUGUUGUUUUGUUGCGUAUCGAACCCGCUGUUCAAACAGCGUCUGCUCAUAUCCGUUAUUCGUGAGUGAAUACAUUGUUGUGGCAAUCAAACAAUAUGUGUUGGACAAACUGGAGAGCGCUCGCCAUCAUUGGUUUACAUAUACAUACUGGUCUUGCAA